AUGAUAUCCAUUUGGCAAUAAGCCACUGUGGUUUUCCAUAAAAAUUUAACUAUUUAUUACCAAGAGAAGUAAUUUAGACAAGAGUUCUUCGCAGCUCUUCUUGUAUUUAUUAUACUUCUCGUUGGAAGUAAGAAUAUACGAAAUAUCCAUUAUUAGAAGAAACAUCAAGUCCUGCACUCCUUUAAGUGGGAGCUGAAUUUUUACCAAUGACUCUAUUGAUAAGUUCAAGGUAUAUAGUCACUUAAAUGAUAUCAGAGAAGAGCGAUAGAUAAAAAGAAAUCUAAAAAGUAUUCAUCCUUGAAAAUAUUAGAUCAUGGGUUUAAAAUAAUCAGCAUACUAGUUAGGCUGGUUUCUAUUCAACUUUGCAAGAAUAAUGGCUGUCUCUUUAUUUUUUCUUGUCCUAGCUGUACCUACAGGAUGUUUUGGACCUUAAGAAGAAUAAAAAACCAUAGACUCUUAAACAGUGAUAAUUUACUACUUUAGUCCAAUCUAAAUCAUUGGUAGCUACAUAUUAUAUGCUAUGGGAUUGACAGCUUAAUAGUAUUUCUUAACAACAUUAUUUGAUCAACCAAAAAAUGGAGCUGAUGUAUCUAUGCUUCUGAAUAUUUUUGGUUCAAUUUGUUCAGCUUUAUUAAGUCUACCUUAUUUCUAAAAGUAAAUUUCAAAAUAAUUUCUAGAAAUUCUUGGAUUGUAAUCUUAUUUGGAAUUAUUUUUCCAACAUUUUUAUUUGAUAUCUAUCCUUAUAAUCAAAUUCUAGGAAUCGUUAAUAAAGGCACAAAACCAAAAUUAGAACCUUCUUUGUACUUUGGAUUAUAGGGAGCUGAAAUAAUUUUCUAUGGAAUAUUGUAUUUAUAUUUAGAAUUAGUUUUGCCAAAUGAAUAUGGAACAAAUAAACAUCCUUUGUUUUUUAUUGGAAAAAAAUAUGAAACUUAAGAAGAAGAAAUUUCAAAUUAGUAUGAAUUAACGAAUUUGAAUAAGCCCUUUAUUAGCGGAAGAUAAUCUGAAAUUUAAGAAGAUAAUAGUUCAGCAAUUUAUCAUGAAGUUUUUUAUAAUUAAAAAUAAGUUAAAGUAUUAAUAAAUAAAAAUUAUAUUAGAGAGCAAUUUCAAUAAAAAAUGUAAAGAAGAGUUUUAAUGAUCUCAUAGCAGUAAAUGGUGUUACUCUCCAAAUAUAUGAAUCUUAAAUUUUAUGUUUAUUAGGACAUAAUGGAGCAGGGAAAACCACUUUAAUUUCAAUAUUAACUGGAUUAAUAAAAAGGAAUAGUGGAACUAUAAAUUAUUAUGGAACAGACACUGAUUUCGACAUAAUAAGAAAUUAUUUAGGUUUUUGUCCUCAAAAAGAUACUCUUUAUGAUAGUUUAAAUUGUGAUUAACAUUUAUAUUAUUAUGGAAGAAUAAAAGGAAUUGAUGAAAAAGAAUUACAAUUAGAAAUAGAUUAGAUAAUUACAAAAUGUGAUUUAUUAAAUGAUAGAAUGAAAUUAGCAAAAUAAUUAUCAGGAGGAACAAGAAGAAAAUUAAGUUUAGCAAUAUCGUUGAUUGGUAGAUCAAAAGUAAUAUUUCUUGAUGAACCAACAUCUGGAAUGGAUCCAAUAUCAAGAUAAAAAAUAUGGGAUAUUUUAACAUAAGUGAAAAAUGAAGGGAGAUGUUUAGUAUUGACAACUCAUCAUUUAGAUGAAGCAGAAGUAUUAUCUGAAAGAUUGGCAAUAAUGGCUAAAGGUAAGUUACUUACUGUAGGAUCAGUAGAUUUUAUUAAAAUGAAUUUUGGAAUUGGAUAUCAUUUAAAUUUAUAUGAUAAAUCAAACAAUCCAUAAAUUUGGAGUGAGAAAAGUAAGAAAUUAACAAAUAUUGUUUAAUAAUUUAUUCCAUAAGCAAAACUUAGUAGUUAAACUUCUUAGGAUAGUUUAGGAUUUUAGGUUCCUUUCAAAUAAAAGGAUAAAUUCUUACCAAUGUUUGAAUAAUUAGAAAGAGAUUAGUUCAUUUAAAUUAAUUUGAUGAUGAAUACUUUAGAAGAAGCUUUUAUAAAUAUAGGAAUGGAUGAAGAAGCCUUCCUGAAUAAAGCAUCUGGUAAGAAUAUAUAGAAUGAAGAUUCUAAAAUUAAUAUCGACAUAACAGAAGAAUUUAAUAAAAUUAUACCUCCUGAAUGUUUGAGUUAACCACCUAAGUAUAAUUUUGGUUUAUAGCUUUGGGCAUGCUUCUUAAAAAAACAUUAUACAAUGACACCCAAAAGAUAUCUAAUGUGUAUAUUUAUGCCAUCAUUUUUUGCAAUAUUAGGACCAGUUAUAUCAAAAAUUACAUUCAAUGCUAUAGAACCUACAUUAAAUUAAGACACUAAUGCAAUAUAAUAAGUAUAUGGAGAGAUUGCUUUAAUUGAUAUAUAUGUUUAUCUACUUAUUGGUGCUUCUAUGGCAAGUUCUUAAAUAGGAAGUGCUCCCGUAGAAGAAAGAGAAAAAAAAUAGAAGUAUGCUUUAAAUGUUAUGGGAUGUCGAACAUUACCAUAUUGGUUUGGAUAUUAUUUAUAUGACAUAAGUGUUUGUAUCAUUGUGAUGGUUAUAUUUAUCAUCUCAGUAAAUGUUUGUGAUGUUCAAGUAAUUAAUAAUGGAAAUGUUUAUGGACUUGUAUUUUGUUGCUAUUUAGCUUAUAUACCACUUUCAUAUAUAUUAUCAUGGCUUUUUACUUCAUUUUUAUCAGCUGUAAGAUCUUUAGUUUUAAUUCAGAUUUUUGGCUUCUUUAUGAUUGCAUCAGUUAUUUAUGUUGUAAGUUUUAAAAUUAAUGUAAUACUUUGGAUUCUAUCCUUUUUGUGUCCUUCUUUAGCUACAUUUAGUGGAUUUAUUACAGUGUAUAAUAAAAUUAUCAUAAAUGAUAACUCAGAUACUGAUGAAAGUAAUAAUGAUAUGCCAUUUUAAAAUGUUGAUCCUUUUGUUUUUAUGAUUAUCAUGAUUUUCUAAGCUUGUCUCUAUUUUUUAUUUACAUACAUGAUUGAUAAUAGAGAACUUUUGGGUGCUAAUUCUGGUGGGAAUUUAAGUGUAAAUUAGGAUGAAGAUGUUAUUACAGAAGAAAAGAGAGUUGAAAUAUAAAGUUGUCAAGAUAGAGUAAUUGCUAGAAAAAUAUCAAAAACUUAUGCUAAUGGAUUCUAAGCAGUAAAGGGAACAUCAUUUGGAAUAGAACCAGGAUAAAUCUUUGGAUUAUUGGGCCCUAAUGGAGCUGGUAAAUCAACUACUUUCAAUAUGAUUACAUCAAAAUUAAAACCAUCAACUGGAACUAUAUUAUUAGAAUAAUAAGAAGUUAAAAAAGGUUUAGGAGAUGUUUAUUAAAAUGUCGGAAUAUGUCCUUAAUUUGAUAGUUUAUAUGAUAUUGUUAAUGUUAGAAAACAUCUAUAAAUUUGGGCUUAUUUAAAAGGUUUAAAAGGAGAUGAAGUAAAUUAAACAAUAUAAUACUUUAUGAAAGUUAUGUAAUUAACAGCAUAUGAAAAUACAUUAGCUUCAUAAUUAAGUGGAGGAAAUAAAAGAAAAUUAUGUGUUGCUUUAGCUUUAAUAGGUGGAACCAACAUGUAAUUUUUUGAUGAACCAUCUUCUGGAGUAGAUCCUAUUGCUAGAAGAUUUUUAUGGAAUGCUAUCUAAUAAGGAGUUAAAUUAAGAUAAAGUUCUGUUAUUUUAACCACUCACACUAUGGAUGAAGCAGAAAGUCUUUGUAAUAAAAUUGCAAUCUAAGUCAAUGGAAGAUUUGCCUGUUUAGGAUCAGUUUAACAUUUGAGAUCUAAAUUUGGAGAUGGAUAUAGAGUUUUAAUAGAACCAAUUAAUAAUUUAGUAAUUAUAUUUAUAAUCUUUUUUAGGAUAAUGGAACAGCUAUCAUUUAAGAAAUUAACAAGUAUUUUGGUAACAUUUAUGUUGUUAAUGAUAUCCAUACAGCCAAAAUUAUAUGCAAAUUUCCAUUAGCAGAAUUCUAAUUCCAUCAGACCUUUUAUUUCUUUUAAGAAAAAUUACAAAAAGAAUUUAAGUUAAUUAAAGAUUUCUAAAUCAGUCAACCUAAUCUUGAAUAAAUCUUUAUGUAAUUUGCAGCAUAACAAAUAAUUGAACCUGAUGUUUAAAAAUAAGAACCUCCGAGUCGUUGUCAUGUAGUUGCAUUAUGUGGAAAUGAUGAAGAUGAUUGAUAUUAAUGUA